UCACAACUUAAUGUCAUGUUUCGGUGUCGUAAAUCUAAAGAUAAUAUAAAAUCAAGCCAUAAAUCUAUUAAGUCCAUCAUCAGCGCUGUUCCUCCUUCCUCCUUUCAGACGCGUCAUCUGCGUCAUUAUCAUGCGACUGUUUUUGGCGAGCAGCCGUCAGUCGUCUGCGGGCGAAGGGCACGAAUGUUGUUACCUUCUAAGUGCCUCAGAUUGGCUCGUAACUGGAGCUUUUAAUCAGAUUUUCAAGUGAAACAGUAACUCUCUUGGGUACAUUAUGAGCCGGUAUCGCCAGUAACGCUUCAAUAUUGAGAACAGCCUGGAUUAAAUCGGGGAAUGAGGAAAACGAGGGAAGGAGGCAGCUCAGCGAAGGAGAAGCAGAUUUGUUGAACAGAUUUCAUCAGACCAACGAUCCACUUUCCUGCUGUUGUUGCCCCUGUUGCACUUCAGGUUAUCUGUGUUUUUAUCAAAUUCUGCAGCCAUGGAUGUGGCAGAUUCCUGAUUAGAGGCGAUGACAUCGGAGGCUGCGGUCUCCACAUCUCCCAGCAUGAGCAGCGCCCCGGCCAAGAGGGACUACUACUGGGUUCGCUCCUUUGUAGCUGGAGGUGUAGCAGGAUGCUGUGCCAAGACUACCAUCGCUCCUCUGGACAGAGUCAAGAUUCUCCUUCAAGCCCAGAGCCCCCAUUACAAACAUCUGGGAGUGUUUUCCACUCUCAGAGCUGUGCCACAGAAAGAAGGCAUCCUUGGAUUGUACAAGGGUAACGGGGCAAUGAUGGUCAGGAUAUUUCCUUACGGAGCCAUCCAGUUCAUGGCCUUUGACAAAUAUAAAAAGCUGCUAAGUAAACAGAUUGGAAUCUCUGGGCACAUCCACCGCCUCAUGGCAGGAUCUAUGGCAGGGAUGACUGCAGUGAUUUGCACCUACCCUCUGGAUAUGGUCCGAGCCAGGCUGGCCUUUCAGGUGAAAGGAGAUCAUCGUUACACUGGAAUUGCCAAUGCUUUCCACACCAUUUACCUUAAGGAGGGGGGCGUUUUAGGCUUCUACAGGGGACUCACCCCAACACUUAUUGGAAUGGCCCCUUAUGCAGGUCUCUCGUUCUUCACCUUUGGCACCUUGAAGAGUAUUGGCUUGAAACAUUUCCCAGAGAUGCUGGGACGCCCCUCCUCAGACAACCCUGACGUGCUCAUUCUGAAAACUCACGUCAACCUGCUCUGCGGAGGAGUCGCCGGUGCCAUCGCUCAGACAGUCUCGUACCCCUUUGAUGUGGCUAGAAGAAGAAUGCAGUUAGGUUCUGUGCUUCCCGACUCCGAGAAAUGUGUAUCACUGGUCAAGACCCUGAAGUACGUGUAUCAGCAGUAUGGGGUCAAGAAGGGAUUGUACCGAGGCCUUUCUCUCAACUACAUCCGCUGCGUCCCCUCUCAGGCCGUGGCCUUCACCACCUAUGAGUUCAUGAAGCAGGUCCUCCACCUGAACUAGUCGCUGUUUUUGUAUCUUCCGUUGAAGCAGAUCGACCUCAAUGUUUCCUUCGGAGUGAUCUGAGGCUCACUCGCUACGUCUUAAACUCUUCUGGGUUGGAUUUGCCUUUUCCUUGGGUUCACUGAAGGCACCAGGAGAGUCAUUUAAUGCUGAAAAAGGAAAUUGGAUAUCGUCUGUCCGGUAUCAUUCCGCUUUCCUUCAUGCAGUUUGGACUCACCACUUUUUUUUUUUUUUUUUUUUUAAAUUCGACCACAUGACAUGUGGCUUGAAUCUCAACAAGUCAACCAUAAAUGUCUCAAUGGACACAGAGGAGCAGCAGCACCUUUAGUCUGGCUACAUUGGUCUGAUGGUUUGUGGCAAAUAUCUCUUCUCAAUGCCACCACAACCCUUUGAAUGUGGAGAAACACCCUUAUUCAGCAAGCACAGAUGUCCACAUGCUCUUAUUUUCUCUAUAUUUCAUAUUCUGUGACUAUAAGCUGUUUAAAAUGAUCAAAUUAGCUCACCAAACACCAUUAUAUUUCAAGCAGUUUUUUUUUUUUUUACAAAGAAAGAAUUUGAGUGAUGUCCUCAUCGUCUAUCAUGUCUUCUUUUAAAAUCUUGGUGAAAUAUUUAGUUACUGCUGAAAAAUUUCUGGGAUUGUAAAUUAUUUGAUGGUUUGAAAUGUUUUGCGUUUUCAGGGCUUAGUGUGUCUUUAAUUUAACUUUGCAGUAACUUUAGAAAAAGUUGCCAUUUGCGCAUUUGCCUCUUUUUUUUUUUUAAACACAAAUCAGUGUAACACUGUUUACCUGCACAUUUAAAAAACAAAAAAAAAGAUGCAGUAGCCUGUGUGGCACAGGAUUUUAUUUUGAAAUGACCUCACAUUUUUAGGCCAGACCCUGAACAUAGCAGUUACUGUAUGCAUUUUUUUCCCCCAACGCUGUAAAACCUUUGCUUUUACGUUGGUUAAUGUGCGCUCAGAUAUUUGGUUUGUUGCUUUGGUGGUAUUUAAUUUUGCUCAGAUGUUGGGAUAUUAAUAUAAUAUGGAUAUUGGUCUGACAUGUUUGACAGAAGGGACUGGGGAGUAAUUUGCACUUCAUGACUGCAGCUUUUUCAUCCUUUAUUUAUUGAAAUACUGACCUGUUGCCACUGGGUGGCAGCAUUGACAUAACAUUGUUUAGUUUGCCAUCAGAGCUGGACACAGCAGACAAAUUGAAUGCAUAUUUUAUCAGUUGCAAGUCAGAUUCGGAUCAUUCUGGGUCUCCCCCCCCCCCCCCCCCCCCCCCAUUUUGCUCAACCAAAGCAAGUGACAAUCAUGUAGGUGGUUUUCUAAAGCAGUUCAGCAAAUAUAUGCCAAUCAGGCUUAACAUUUUGACCAUCUGCCUGAUACUGUGUUGGUCCCCCUUAUGCCAUCAAAACACUCUGAGACAUUGAGCAUAAACAAGAGGACCUUUCAGGAUGUCCUAUAAGGGUCUGGCACCAGGAUGUUGGCAUUGGAUCCUUUGGGUACUCUGGGUUGUGCCUUGGGGCCUCUGAAUCAAACUUGAUCCACAGCAUCCUGUUGAUCAGAGUGGGGUCUAGGAAGUUUGGAGGUCAAAUCAAUGUCUUGGGUGAUUGUCAUGUUCCUCAAGAUGUUCCUGAUUGUUUGAUGUUUUUGUGACGUGGUGGGGUAGACCAGUGACAUUUGGGAUUGCCAUUUGCAUGAGGAAGUAGGCUUGUUCUGGGACAUUUAUUUUGGUUUUCAAGUCUCAUCAAGGGGAGAGCCAAAUCCAAAGCUUUCCAGCAGAACAUCUCAUUGUACCAACAUAAUCAAUGUCAUUCACUUCACCUGUCAGUGGUCAUAAUAUUGUGGCUGAUCGGUGUAUCGGACUACUCACUGGAGCCUCUGUAUGGCUGUUUGCAUUCACUGUCCCAGGACGACUGAACGUCAAUUGCUGAGUGAAAAUAUUAUUUGAUCACUUUCACCACUGCGCCUCUUCAGUUUGUUGAACAAACUUCUAGUUUUACAGCCUCUUGCCGCCUUUUGCAUUUAAUGUCUUACUUCGCUGGUGUGAUUGCUAUCCUUUAUUGACAGUUGUCCACACAGUAGAUGAUGUAGUUAUCUUCUAUUUGUAGUAAGAUGACUGUAUAUGAAUGGUGAGAACUGCAAAGAACAGAUGUCUUAAAACAGUGGUUUCCAACCUUUUGGGCUUGUGACCUCAUCAAAUGAGACUGCGUCUGUGUACGACUACUCUUUACAGUUUGCAUAUUUCCAUCAAAGAGGCAGUUUUCCCUUGAUAUUACCUCAUUUGAAUAAUUGGCAGAGGCCUGAAGAAGGGGAACCAAGAGAUUUAUCACAAAAAACAGCCCAAAAAAAAUAGUUGACUGCCUAAAUGCACAAACACAAAUUUGCACAGAACACAGCGGUUUUCUUUAUCUUCAUCCCAUUAAAUGUAGUCCAACACUAAAUCCACUCAGGUCCCGCACGGUUUAAAAGACAUGUUUUGACUUGUAAAGCGGCCAUGCUCAAGCUAAACUAGUGGUGUUUGGUUGUUCUUUAAAGACGCCAUCUGGUGAAAAUCAAGAUUUUUAGCUUGUUAACGUGUCCACAUGGUGGGUUGCACAUGCUGGACGCCACAUGACGAGCAAGCAGCAGCAGCAGCAGCAGCGUACCAGUGACAGUCAGUAACAGUCAGACUUCCAGGGCUCCAGAUGUAACAAACUGAAGUAACUAAUUCUGUUAACAUACAAGGAGGGGCUUUCUCUACCUUUAUUCUCGACAAAAUCAUCAGUUUCUGGUUCAAAAAUGUGCAACAGUGACAUAACUUGCUAUUGUGUAGUGUAGUUUUACAGUGUUUGUGCAGAGUUGUUGGCGAGCUGGUGUGCCUGAGCUGCACGGAGCAAAAGAGAGGUGGGCGGAGAUACAGCUCUACACAUUCUUGAGGAAGCAAUGGUGUUAAGUCAAAUAUCCACAAGUAAGAACUGUUCUGUGGAUGUCAACAUGCAACUCAAAGUUAGUCUCAGAUUAGAAAGUAGUACAAUAACAGCAACAACUGCACAUGUGGCGUCUUCAGCUGACCGUGUACGCGUCCACAAGGGAGUAUGAUAAAGGUUUAAGCCAUGUUACUGCAGGAAGAGCCUGUUUUCAAGAAAGAAAGCUUCUAAAUAUUUAUCUUUGGUAUGGAAAGUUACAUUUUUAGGGGUUAAAUUGAUGAUUGGGAAAGGACUAAAUGUGUUCUGGCCACACACACACAUGAUUUGUAAAAUUCUACAGUUUCAUUUAGCAGAUGAUGUUAUCCAAAGCAGAGUAGAUGCAACACAAGCAGGGAUCUAGUCCGGAGAAAACAACCUGCAUAAGAGCCAUAAAACAAGCUCAAGUGUGAUAGUAGGACUGUGGUGUCUAUAGGCGAUGUAGACAACAGAACAGAGUUUGGUAACUCGUUCCACCACCAGAGAACCACAGAGGAGAAGAGUCUAGCUAUCGACUGGCCCUGUUGUGUUAGUUGUAUCAGGCAUCUUUUAUUGGCCGAGCAUAGACCUGAAUGAGAGAGUUCAGGUAGAAGGGAGCUGAUUUUUUCUGGCUUUAUUUGAUAAGAGAGAUAGGAAAUGGGGAGAAGAGUUGGGGGAAGACAUGCAGCAAAGGGCCACAAGCGGGAAUCGAACCCAGAGACCAGCCCCUAUACAUGGUUCGCCUGCUUAACCCUUUGAGCUAUACAGGCACCCAAAGGGAGCUGAUUUGAUCAGGUUGUGGGGUACAGACCCCCAGGUUGGGAACCACUUCUGUAAAAUGCUAAGAUAUGCUGAAUGUUCACACGGACUACUGAGCAGUUUAAAAGCUAUUUACUUUAGAGGAAGUUAGGUGUAGAAAUGGUGUUGUUCAACAGUUGAACAAAAGAUUAAACAUGUGUGAACAUAUAAUUCUCCCAAAUCUAAAAGUAUAACUGAAUAAGACCUCUAUGUAAGUUUUGAUUUUAAAACAAUGAAUGAAUGCAAUGUUGAACUGUUCCCACCUCCCUGGGUUUUAGAGUGUAGCUUCACACUUUGAGUGGUGGCAAGUGGCAGCUAGCUAACAUUUUGAAAACAAAAUAUAGUUUGUGGUGACAGAUCUUGUUUUAAUGCUGCCACUUAUUCAUCCUGCCGUGUACAUGGCUUUCAUUUACUGCUCUUCUGAUUUCCAUGUUAGGUUUCAAGCACAGGAUCUAUCACUGUUGUUACUGUUUUUCUAGUUCUCCGGUGUCUUGUCUGUACAUCCAGAUCAGCUCUGUUCCUGCUGCUCAUUGCAACUGAUAGAGAAUUAGUCAGAUGUUUAUGUGUAAAUGUACAUGAUUGCUAAUAUGCUGUUCUAUCUUAUCAGGUUCUGUUAGAUAUGACUGAAAGAAGAUUAACCGUUUUGAGAACGAACAAUGAAAAUGCCUUUUUUUUGUUUUAUUAUUCUCUUUGUACCUCUUCAGUUUCAUGCUUUUUAUAAGCAGUGUCUGAAUUACAUUACAUGCCAUCUUCUUAAAACAA